UGUGUUCUGCAGCAUAUCUUCAUGAUCCAGAGAAACUUUAAUUGUGGAUAUUUGUUUUGAGGGGAAAAAACAAACUGAAGACAAGCGAAACCCCAAAACUUGAUUUGCUUAUUAUGAGCUUGAAGAAUUAAAAUAAGUAGUUUUCAUGUAUAUCUGAUAUAUUUAAAGAUUGUAUAUGUUUAAGAAAAACUAAAUUAUGUUCAUAUAAUACUUAACUAUGCACUUGAAAUUGUUCUGUUAAGUAACUUGUGAAGUUCAAUUUUGUGGGCAACUACUUUAUGCAGUAGCUCAUACAGACUACUGUGUGCACAGAAGGUUUGAACCCUUAAAACCAGUAAUUUUUGAGUUUUGGCUUCUCAAAGUCAGACACUUUGCCAAAAGUUACUCUAACUUUUCAGUCUUAGCUCAAAAACAGUUGUUGCAAUCCUUGAACCAGAACAGAGAAUAAGUUUCUUACCUAAUAUGUGAGAAUCUUAAUUCCUGAUCUAAUAGCAGGGAUCAUGAGUAAAAUGGACCCUUUAGCUUCAGUUGUGAAACUGCAUUUCUAAUAUUAACAAAAGCAGUAAACCAGGUGCAGUCAGAGCUGAUUGUCUGAAAAUAGUCAGGAGGAAAUUCUCUUUGAGCAACAGCUCACAAUUGCUAAUGUUUGCUGUGCUUGUCUGAAAAACUUGGCAUUAGCAGCUGUUUGUUGUAAAACUGGAGAAUGAGUAACAAAAGCACUUGGAACAGCAUAACUAUGAGGAGCACUGUGUCUGUAUUUCUAAGCUUAUGAAAUCCUCCUGAAUUUAUACAAAAUCGUCUACUGCCUGUGGCAGUACCAGCACUUGGGUGACUUCCUUAUUUUACAACUGCCAUGAAAGUACAGCUACUUGGCUUCUCAGACAGCUAAUGAUUGUGUAAGUCUUGCUUCCUUUUGAAUUGCCACACCCAUGUCCAGCAUCUCUUCUAUGCCACUGAAUAUUGGAAAUACAGCACUUAACUCCAUGGACUGCUCUGGGCAGAGAGGUGCUGCUGUGGUAGAAUGAUCACACUUAUUGUUCCGUUCUUGAAAAAGACAAGUUUGUGUUUACUUGCCAUAAAAUUGUCAAAACUAGUCAGGAUUGCUUUAGCUAUUAAAUUGAAAUUUAAGUUCCCCUUUUCUUUAGGUUCUGCCAAAAAGCAAUCAUCUAUUCCGGAUUCAGCCAAUGAAAGACACUUUUCCUGUUCUUCAUUAUAUGAAUGAUCUUUCCUGAGAUUUGGCUAGCCUUAAGGUUUAACCAAAUUCACUUUAACUGGUGGGGGAACUGCUUUUAGUUAAUUUUUCCUUUUGGGGUAAGGUUUUUUUUUGGUUGUUGAAACUGUACCUUCUGAAAGCUUAGGAGCUGUAAUCAUACUUUCGAUUUUUCUGGCAUCCUUCAGAUGUGUUUCAAGCCAUAAUCAUCCCUUAAAACUUGACUAAAUAACAAGGCUUUCUUGAAAGUAACCUUGUGUUAAGUACAGCUUUGUACUUUUGCAGACAAUCAUAAAGGCUCUAAUUUUUCCUGUUUGACAGUGGAAACUUUGGCCUGUAAUGCAAUUCAUCUGCAAAGGCUUCUGUGGAAGUGCUGGGUUUUUCCUUUUUGAUGCAGCACAUUAAUUUAUUUUUCUUAUUCUAUUUUGGGAUGACUUGCAUCUUCAUAAUUAAAGCAAGAGAAAGCCCUGAGACGCAGGAAUCUCUAUUGUAAGUAUAAUACUUUUUUCUUCAAGCCUCCUAAGAUAGAUAUUGCUUGGGAAUUUACUGUUUUGUUGCUUUUCUAAUAGUUCAGGUAUUUGCAUUUGCUGAUUUAUAUGUCUCUGUGUUUCUCUUUGUAUGUUUAACAUUCUUCUGAGAUUUGUCUAGUGAACUGCUGAGCAAAGAAUUGUUUUAGAGUAUGAAACCUUACUUAUGCCUUUUCACAUAUAAAUAUUUAUAUAUCUGGUAGUGGAGGGAUGUAUAGUUUGUGUUUUAGUUUCUCACCUUCUCAGGCUAAACUGUCUCCCACUUGUCUGUCAGCUUGAUGCACUCACUGCUGAGCUUCAGACAGAACGCUAAGAAGCUGAAUCACAGUCUAACACAGCACUGUUGCAGAUGCAGCUCUACCAGUGCUGAAGCCACUUGGCAGCAUCACAGGAAUGUUCUGGCUCUCUUUAUUGUAGUGGACUUGGAGGAGCAAAGAUGUAUUCAAGGUGAAUUCAGUUGUUGGGGUAUCUUUUCCCCAAGAAACUGAGAAUGUGAAUCCGGACUGUCAUAUGUCAAUAAAAGCAGGAGUUAUGGUGAAAGUUUGGAAAUUUGGUAUAUACCUAGCUCCCAGUGGAAAUGAAAAUCUUGUUGUAAAGCUACUUAUGAUGACAUAAGGAAGCAGAGGCAUAAGCAUGAGGGAAGAUGGGGGAAUGCUGUUUAAAAAACAAAAUGGUUAUAGUCAGUCACACAAGAAACAAGCCUUUCACUUCUACUUUAUCUUCUUAGCCUAUUCUCCCAAGAAACAAGGCUUACAUUCCACCUUUAUCAUCUGUUCCCCAGUGUCUUUUGAACCUCUCAGCCUUUUUGAACCAAGUUGAUCAGAGGUGCCUGAAAAUACACAUCUGCACAGGGAAGAGUGAUGGUGUCAGUCCUGUACUGAGGGAAGUGCUGAAGGCUGAGCUCACCACUUACUGCACCCUGAAGAAGCAACACACAAGGAAGAUCUGGGAAAAUGCUGGUCAGAGGUGCUUUCCUAAGUGACUGGGCUUCAUUAGCUGCUCUCAGGGUUUUGUGCUGAUAAGAGAAUUAGUGCAAGACAUGUCAUUCAAGUGUGAGAACAGUUAUGAGAUUUUGCCUCAGCAGUCGAGACUGCUUUGUGGUAACAAAGCUCCCUGACAAAAUUUGAAGAGUUGUGAAAAGUUUCAAGUCUUCUCAAAGUCCAAUGGAUUCAAGUGCUACAAAAUUGUAUUUUCAUCUCAGCAGCAAGAACAGAAUUGUGUGGUUCUGGUCAAGGGCUUUUAGUGAAAGACACUUUCUACAGAUUUCUUUGAAUUUCAUUUCAGAAAUGAUAAUUAAAAGUAAUACUCAUUAAGUAUUCAAAAUCAUAAAAUCUGGUUUUGGAGGAAUAAUGUAUGGGAUGCAUGUGGUAGAAAGCGUGACGUGAAUAAGAGGCCAGAAGUUGUGGCAGCAAGACUGAAGAGAGUGGUGCAGUGCAGGAGCCUGUUGCAAAGAUGUAUGGCUGUAGAUAACAGUACUGUAUGUACUACAGUCUCUGUGUUCCAUGGAGAAUUAAAAAUUAAUCAAUGGGUUAAGAAUGUCUGCAUGCUACAAGUGCUGUAUCUUUGGAAGUGUCAUGACUUGGAAUCUUCAGCUGGGAUGUGUUCUGCAGAAUAAGAAGUCAAAAUAUCCGAUUAUUAUAAAGUGAAGAAUUUAGAAGCUUUGGUAAGCAAGUUAGUUGUGACUUCUGGAGGAGUCUCAGCAUCAGAGGGUACCACAUAUAGUGGUAUUGCAAGAUAAUGCUUUUAUCCAGAAAGUUCUCUGCCUCAGAAAUCAUUUUGAAAUGAUCAGAAACUUGUAAUAAAAAAUUAUUAUUAAUACUACUGAUGUCUCCUUUAUUCUACUUUAUCUAUUGCAUUGUGCUUCACUGAAGAUCAAGAUGUGGAAGGUCAAUUUGCAAGGCACUGGUAGGGUUUAUUUGUCCAAAGAGGCUGAAAUUUGGUCUGAUGAAAUUUAUUUGUAUGUUGCAGUUGUGUUGCUUUGGGAUUUUUUACAACUAGAAAAGCUUUUUCCUUAAGUAACUUUUCAGAGGUGUUGAGAACUAAAAUGCAGAAUUAUAUAGUCAGUAUAUAUGUAGAACUGCUUAAACUCUCCCAUGGACAUAUUACUAAUUAUAUAAAUAAUUCUCCUUCAAGGUCAGGCAGAUCCAGUAAAUUCAUUGUGCUCUGUUACUGACACAAAAGAAUAAUUAUGGAUUUGUCAUUCCAUAUUUUUAAAUUUUAAAUAGCUGGGUUUUUUUAUUUACUAUUUGUAGACCUAUGAGGUAAGCAUGGACAAAAAUUACUAAAUUCAGUAGCAAAAUUUUGUGAAUGAGCAUGGAAAAUAUGGAUAUUUUUAAAUUGGGUGCACUGUAAAUUAGAUGCAUGCAUCUAAUUUAAUUUCAGCAUAUAAAUUAAUGAGAUACUUUUGUUAUUGUUGCUGGAUCUGCAAUCAUCUAAUGUUCAUGCUAUCAAAUGCUCCUGUGAGAUUGAACUCCAGCUCUGUGAAUAUGCUGUCACAUUUCAAAGAACCAGGAAAAAAAAAAAUGUUGUAAAAGUGAAGGAUGUGUCUUCUUGGAACUAAUUCGGGAUCGUACCUGACAAGUAUCUGAAAUGUACACUGUCUAAAAAGGAGAAGGUACUUCAGAGAAUGAGGCUUGACGUAUUUAGAAUGCUUUACACCAACAUUUGAAUUUUCUUCCUUGCUGCAGAAUUAAAAAAAAUUUUCUUUUGUCAGUAGGGAGAACACCUGCCAUUUGUAAACCAAAAUUUAAAAAUACAAAGUAUUUGGAUUCUGAGUGUUUCCAAAUUUUAUUCCAUGUAUCCUUUCUGAGCCCACCAGAAGUUACUUCAUAAUCUGGAAGUGGUGAGUGUAUGUAGCCUGUGUGACUGUGCAACCAUAUUGACUUCAAAGUCAAUUAAGUGAGGAAAUGUAUCUGAUUCCAGAUGUUUGUUUUUGGAGGUGUUCCACUUCCUGUAAGAAAGGUGACUUUCUUCAUCACAUUACUGUGUGAGUUUCCAUAUGGCAAAACUAUCCACAAGCUAUUUUUAUUUUAAUGACAGAAUUGGAUAUCUUGGAUUGUUUUGGGUUGGGUUUUUUUUUCCCCCUCUCUUCAGCAUUUCUGAGAAAAGCAACAUAAUGGAAGAUGUGGAAAUAGAAGAUGCUGAAGUUCUGUGACUUUACUAAGAAUGUUAAGUCAAAGCACACCUGAAUACAUAAAUUUCAAUAAUGCUAUUCCUUUGUACAGUCAUGUAAUUGGACAGAUGGAAUACUUUGUUGAGCAUUUUUUUAAGGCAGUUGCCCAUUUGUUCAGGGAUAAGGAGUGGAGGGGAAUGAGCAUCACUUUUUUUUUCUUGGGGUCUACUGGCCAAAAUAGAAAAGUUUUGAAAGCUCUUUGCUUUGAGCAAGAGGCACUAAAUGAUGGGGCAAUGCCAAUAUACAUACAGGCAAACUUUUACUGGGCAAUAGUAAAAUGCAGUGGUUUACAACUGUUAGCUCAGGCAAGAGGCACAAUACAGAGUAUGAGCCCUGUUAAAGCCUUUUAUGGGCUGCCUAGCUGUAUUGGUGAAAUGAAUAUGUCACAGAGGAGUGGAUUGAUGAUUUUUUUUUUUUUUUUAUAGCCUGUGGAAUUUUUCUUGCAUUACAGCAUGAUGCAGAGGUAUCUUGUCCUGCUAUUACAGCAAUACAAAUGAAAAGUGUAAUAAAGGAUGCUGUAUGUUCUUAGCUGCUGGAUCUGCUAAUCUGCAUCUAUAUCCUUCAACUUAAAAUCUGUAAAUUGCACCAUGAGUAAAGAAAGCUUCAUUAUGGUUAUUCUGUGAAACUCGGAGUCAAGGAGAGAAACCAGCCUGAAGAUAAGCUGCGGUUAUUAAACAGCAGUGAUGACAAGUUCUUCCUCCACUGAAGGCACAAAUGUGGUGGAUUCUGCCUUGUGUUCACCAGUGAUAACCUCACCAGAAUCCUGAUCAGCAUUUCAGCUUAAUAUUUGAAGAAACUGAUACGUUUUAACAUGUCCCUCCAGGCUCAGUGUAUGUUAAAAAUGGAUAAGGAUUUUGUUUUUUGGGUGUAUAACUACUGCUGAGUCUUCCAAGGAAAAGCCUGGAAGUUCUAUUCUGACUUACAGACUAGAAGAGGAAAUGUUUCAGAAGCCAUAAUAAUAGAAGUAAAAGGUUCUUCAGCUCUAAUCCAAGUUCCAAUGAAGUACCGAGUGCUCAGACCAGUGAAGAGAUCAUUCACAGGAUACAUAACCUGUCUGAAGGAUUUUAUGAAUGAUCCCAGAAGAGAAGAGCCUCUAAUUGGUUUAGAACAUGUGGUUGAAAUCAGAUUUGAAGGAAGAAGAGAGCCACGUUACGAGUGCAGGCUGUGUGGGUGUAAUUCAGAGGUGGCACCUAUGAUAGAACAUCUUAGUGGAUAUAAACACAGAAGAGAAUACAUUUCCAAAGAAUUUCCAGAUAAAAUGAGGAGAAAACCAACAGAUGUAAGAGAAUACAAAGUCUCGUUUUUUAGACGGCUAGCCGGAGAACUAGAGAAGAGUGAAGGAUUAAAAAUGUAUCAGAUGGAAGGUUACACAAGACCAGCUACCUCAUCCCCACUGAAGAAGAAAGCAAGGUGGGAAGAUGAUAAUAAGCAUGAGAACGAUCCUGUUCGGAAACAGAAAGCUCUGGAGUUCUUGGAGACUUUUCACAUCACCUCAGACUCAGAAGCAACACUUGUUGUUCGCCUUACACAGGGACUCAUGGAGGCUUUGAAGGCCUUUUGUGAAAAGAAAGCAGCAGAUAAUUACACCAACAGUAUAGGCCCACUGAUGUCAGUACCUCAAGAUAAAUUUCCAGAAAGGGAAGGUGUCCCAGAACACUAUGGACCAGAUGUAGAAUACAAAGGAAGUUCUGACUGGAAUCAAGGUUUUUUGUCUCAGUAUGAAGAGUAUUCUGAAGGUGCUUCUUUUGUUCCUGCUCACUCAAACAGUUACCAAGAUGGAUCAUCCUCCUGUCAUCUGAGAUCUGACAACUUUGCAAGCAUGUCCCUAUUCAGGGACUCUCCUGCUGUUGAGCCUGAUAUUCCUGCCAGUGGUGUCAGUGAAUGGCUGAGACAGCUCAGAAACUCCAUGCCGUGCACAAAUAUGGCUGCUGGGGCCACUUCAUACCAGACCAGCCCAGUGAAGGAGUACUCAGCAGAAUAUAUAUCCAGUGAUGUGCAAGGAAGUGAGCUCCGUGAUAACAGACUCUCAUUUGACAGAGAAAAUACCAAAUGGAGAAAUCAACAAGCAUGUACCAAAGCAAGGCAUAUAAGUGACCAAGAAUUAUCCUAUCCCAAUUCUUCUGCCUCAUAUCCUUCAUCUACACAAUUCUUUACAAACUAUUCUUCACAAAACUAUUCCGCUUACAAGAACUAUGAGUCUGUGAAUACUUGUACAUCUUCUACAAAUUCUGCUGUUUCAGGAAGAGGUGGCUCCAGGUGGCACCAGGACACUAGGUGGAAUGAGUGGAAUGAGGACUAUAGGUGGAACGAGGACUCUAGCUGGAAGCAGGAAUCUAGGUGUCAAGGAUUCAGGUAUCAGAAAUCAGUCUACCAGAGAGACUGGAGUUCACAUCAGGACUCAUUUUCUGGCAGUGGUUCGUACCAAGAUCACCAGCAGUUCAGAAGCUCUGAAGAGAUGGUUGAUAGAGUUGAUACUGGUCUUGCUCCCAACACUGUGAACAAACUACUAGGAAAGGAUGUACCAACAAUGACCAGGAUGCUCAAACAGCUGGCUCCAUAUUAUCCAGCACUUCAAAAAGUAAAUAUUCAGACAUUCGUCAAUGUGCUAAUAGAGGCUAGAGAGAAAGAUUAAGGAGCAACAGCAGAUGAACUGGAAACGGAUGAAGAGAUUUGAGAAUCUCCAUCACUUGCUAUUCAGGAAAGAGACUGCAUUUAACUGUGUUUGACUCGCUUGGGAGAGGUAAAGGGAGGUAGGGUUUAAGUUUUUAACAUGUGAAAAAAUAGCUGGAACAGGAACUUGCACAUAAUGGGUGAACAUACUAUUUUGUUUAGGCUUUUUGUAAUGUAUUUGUUAUAUCUUAGUAUAUUUCAGAAAAAAGAUUUUUUGUUAUUUUUUGAAAAUAUGUUAAAAUUACUCUGUCAGCAAAAGUUAAUAAUCCUUUUAAUACCCUUCUCAAUUCAGAAAAGAAAGGUUUACUUUUAUGCUACCAACUUAGGAAGAAUAUUAAUUGAAAAUACGGGUUUACUUUUUGUCACACAAAUAUAAGGCCAGUUCCAUUAAUAUGAGGCUUUAUAAUUAGCAUAUUUUUAGAAAUCGAUACACUACAUUUCUGUUUAGACAAAGAAAGGAGAAUGUCACAGCAUAGGUAUUCUCUAUCUUAAUGUGAUGCUAUAUGAGGAAAAUGUAAUUUAUACUAGAGGACUGGUAUUUAACAGGGCAUAUCAGUUUCAAUUUGCAGAGUAAGAAAUGGUAUGAAAUAUAUGCAGAUUUUUAAUCAUGUUGUUCAAAAUGAAAUAAUUAUAAAUUAUCCUAAAAACUCAUUUGGUGGAUAGACCCAUGCUAAAAUAAAAAUUCUUGAUUCUUUCUACUGGCAAAAGCACAUUAAGAAAUAGUAAAAACCCAUAAGGCAGUCAGAUAAAAUAACAGGAAAAAAAACAAAAUGUUGUACUGACUGAGUAGUACGUACCAGUUCAUGAGAUGUCUCAGAGCCACAUGCUCAUGAAUGCCUGGCUUUAGAUAUCUGCUCUAUGUAAUUAAAACCAGCUUACAUGGAGCUGAAGAAAAGAAGUAAAGUGAGACAGUUUACUCCCAAGUGUCUGUUUUCCUUUUCACUGCUGCAUUGUGGACUAUCAUUUUUCUUCUCACCCAUGCUGGAACUGUGUCUCUGUGCAUUAAAUACUUGUGCUGAAGCAGGGUUAGUCUUCACGAGCUGUCAUAAAGCAUUUUGGAUCUUGUUACAUAAAUUAUAAUAAAAAUUCAGCUCAAAAUAAUUUAUUAUUGAGCAUGUAAACUCAAUUCCCAGAAAUUUUCCUUUUGUCACUGUUUUGUUUCUGCAUCUUACAAGAUCCACUUUCCUUUUUCUGUUCACUGCUCAUACUUACUGUAGUGUUGGAGUGGUUUAUAACGUCACACACCUCGUAGCUGUACCAUAUACUUCCAUGCACUGAAUUACAUAGUCAACCUUCUUGCUUAGAAGGGAAAAUUGUUUUUUCUACCACAGGUGUCUGCCAGAGUUUUGAUUUACAAGUCUGUGGGAUUGAUUAGUUAUUACAUCUACAUUUAAAAAUUACCAGAAGUUUUUUACACAAAUGUUACUAGCACAGCUUUUUUUCUCAAAGAAAGUGUAGUGCAACUAAAAUUCUGAAACUGUAGAAAAUAACAUUGCUAGAAAAUAUUACUGCUGCAACUCUGUCAAUUCAAGUUAAGACCUUUUCAUUUGAGUCUGUUUCAGAGAACUCUUCCCCAUUUCUCACUCCCUUUUGGAUUUUACUGCCAUCACUGUAUACGCCAGUGGCAUACAGGAGCUGGAUGACCUCCACCCAGAUUAGAUGCUCUUUCCAUCUACAUGUUCUGUAAUUUUUCUUUCUGGGCAACAGUUAUUGUCCCUCCAGUUAUUGUUACUGUUGUGCAGAGUCCUGCACUGGGGAAGUAGUUUCUUGCAUUUGGAAAUUGAGUUUGAGUAGUUACCAAAUUAAGACAGCAUUGAUUUAUUAAAGCUUUCCUGAACUGUA